CUGAGAACUACAACUCCCAUGAUGCCCCGCGCGGGCCGGAACCGGAGGCUCCGGUCGGCGUCGCCGUCUCCAUAGCAACGCGCCGCCAUGGGGCAGGAUUACUACGCGGUGCUGGGGCUGGGCCGUGGGGCCAGUGAUGCUGACGUCAAGAAGGCGUACCGGAAGUUGGCCCUGAGGUACCAUCCAUGGCGGUGCAAGGAGCCCCGGGCAGCGGAGAGGUUCCGGCAGCUGGCGGAGGCCUACGAUGUGCUGAGCGAUCCUAUGAAGAAAGGCAUCUAUGACAAGUUUGGAGAAGAGGGGCUCAAAGAGGGCAUCCCCCUGGAGUUCGCUGCUGACAACGCCUGGAGCGAUGGAUACGUGUUCCACAACGACCCCUAUAGGGUCUUCAAGGAGUUCUUCGGUGGAGACAACCCCUUUGCAGAGUUCUUCGCUGAGGAUGGCACAGAGCUGAUCCUGCCCUUUGGGGGCCUGCGAGGCCGAGGAGCCAUGAGGCAGGACCCGGCUGUGGUGAGGGAUCUGUACCUGUCCCUUGAGGACCUGUUCCAUGGCUGCACCAAGAAGAUCAAGAUCUCCCGUAGGGUGAUGAACGAGGAUGGUCAAACCAGCUCCAUCAGGGACAAGAUCCUGACCAUCGAUGUGCAGCCAGGCUGGAGGCCGGGCACCAGGAUCACCUUCGAGAAGGAAGGGGACCAGGGCCCAAACGUCAUUCCAGCUGACAUCACCUUUGUUGUCCAGGAGAAAAUGCACCCAAGGUUCAAGAGAGCCAAUGACAACCUCAUCUUCAUCACCACCAUUCCCCUAGGAAAGGCACUGGUUGGCUGCACUGUGGAUGUGAGGACGCUGGAUGGGAGGCUGCUCAACAUCCCCAUCAAUGACAUCGUGGACCCCACAUACUGCAAAGUGGUGCCAGGGGAGGGGAUGCCUCUGCCUGGGGACCCCCAGCACAGGGGUGACCUCCUCAUCUACUUCAACAUCUGCUUCCCCAAGAAGCUCACACCUGACAAGAAGAUGCUCUUAAGAAGUGCUCUCCUGUCCUAGGGGAUGAUGCCCUUGUCCUCCUCCCAUCAAUAAAGCUCUGGAGCCCAUAAUGGGAUGGGAUAGAGGUGGUUCCAUGUACUGGGAUCAUCCCAAAACAACAGCCUUGAGGCUGUUCCUGCUGCCCUCACUCA